AUGCAAAAUGUCCUUCCAUGGUCACAGAAGAAACAAUUAGUUACAGCUCCAUUUCAAAAGCUGGACAAAGCAAGUGGGAAAGACGGUUUUCUUGAGCGCCAUYAGAGUACAAAUGCUCAUAAGCUUGCAGUUGAUGCUGUUAUGGCAUUAAUCYACUCGGUGGAAAAGCCAAAAGAAAGUUUGCCAUAUAUAAUUUCGCAGAAAAAUCAAGAAAUGUAUGAUAAAAAUCUUAGCAUACUAAGAUCCAUUAUUAAUACUAUAAUAUUAUGCGGCAAACAAAACAUCCCACUUCGAGGACACCGAGAUGAUAGCACAAGCACUGCAUCAAACAAAGGAAAUUUUCAUGCCAUUCUUGCUCUAUUGAGCACUACGGAUGAAAAUUUGCGAGAGCAUUUAGAAAUGUGCAAAAAAAAUGCAACGUACACAUCUAAAACUGUUCAAGAAGAAGUAAUCCGUAUAAUCGGGAGCUAUAUACGAGAAAAAGCAACCAACGAAAUCCAAGAGCGAAACGCUUUCUUCGCAAUAAUCGGGGAUGAAGUAACAGACAAAUACUCAAACCAAGAGGUUUUAAGUGUUUGCUUGAGAUUUUUGGACUUAAGUGGUGAUCAGUGCCCGAAAAUUAAAGAAGUUUUCUUUGAUUUUGUAAACCUUGAUCAGACAAGCGGAAAAGCAAUAUCUGACGCUAUAUUGCAAAGCUUAUCCGUGCACAACAUUGAUGUUGCACAAGCAAGAGGCCAGGCUUACGAUGGUGCAGCUGCAAUGUCCUCUGAAGCAUGUGGCGUGCAAGGUCGAAUCAAAAGAGUUGCACCGUAUGCACUGUACACCCACUGUAACAGCCAUGUAUUAAAUCUAAGCAUAGCAGCUGCAUGCAAGCUACCAACAAUAAGAAACAUGAUUGGGGUAGUAAAUGAAACGUACUUGUUCUUUCAUAACUCCCCAAAGCGUCAAAGAUUUUUCGAGCAAGUUCUUGAAAUUUCUUCUUGUACUUCACGAAAGGCAAAGUUGAAAGGGCUUUGUAAAACCAGAUGGGUUGAGCGACAUGAGUGUUAUGAAACUUUUUACGAGUUUUACGAGUUUAUUUGUAUAAGCCUAGAGGCUAUUAAGGACAAAAACUCACAUCCUGGCGUUUACCAGCCUCUAGAUUUUUCAUGGGAUAGAGAGACCGUAAUUAAGGCACAAGGCCUUUUUGCGUCUUUAGAGAAGUUUGAAUGGCUUUUCACAUUUCUUAUUGUGAAAAACUGCCUGGAAACUGUAAAGCCAAUUGCAGCUAAACUACAGAAGAGUGACCAAGAUGUGUUUACUGCGUACUCGAUGAUAGAUGAUGCAAUUGAAAAGAUGGAACGGAUNUAA